AUGACGAAGCCGAAGGUCUAUGUGGUUGGAGUUGGAAUGACCAAGUUCUGCAAGCCGGGAUCCGUUAAUUGGGAUUAUCCUGACAUGGUCAAGGAAGCCGUUAAUGCUGCCCUUGAUGAUUGCGGUCUCAAAUAUGAGGAUGUUCAACAGGCCACCGUUGGCUAUUUGUACGGAGGAACCUGCUGCGGACAACGCGCUCUUUAUGAGGUCGGACUCACCGGAAUCCCAAUUUUCAACGUGAACAACGCCUGCGCUUCGGGAUCGUCGGGAUUGUUCUUGGGUAAACAGAUCAUUGAAAGCGGAAACGCCGACGUCGUGUUGUGCUCGGGAUUCGAGAAGAUGGCUGGCGGAUCACUCGAAAAACUUCAGCAACCCAUCGAUGAUCGAGCCAUUCCAAUCGAUAAGCAUAUUGAGGUCAUGAAUGAUACUUAUGGACUUCAACCAGCUCCAAUCACAGCUCAAAUGUUUGGCAACGCCGCUCUUGAACACAUGGAGAAAUAUGGCUCAAAACGCGAACAUUAUGCCAAAAUUGCUUACAAAAAUCACAAGCAUUCUGUGCAUAAUCCAAAAUCGCAAUUCACCAAAGAAUUCUCGCUUGAUCAGGUAAUCAAUGGUCGUAAAAUCUAUGAUUUUAUGGGACUAUUGGAAUGCAGUCCGACUUCUGAUGGAGCUGCUGCUGCGAUUCUGGUGUCUGACAAAUACCUCGAGAAGAAUCCGCGUCUUAAGGCGCAAGCCGUUGAAAUUGUCGGAUUGAAACUCGGCACCGACCUUCCAUCGGUGUUCCAGGAGAAAUCCAACAUCAAAAUGUGCGGAUUCGACAUGAUCGAGAAAAUCUCGCGAGAGCUUUUCCGCGAAACUCGUCUCACCCCAAAUGAUGUGAAUGUCAUUGAACUGCAUGACUGUUUUGCUCCAAAUGAGUUGAUCACUUAUGAGGCGAUCGGAUUAUGCCCAGUCGGUCAGGGACACCACAUUGUUGACCGCGGUGACAAUACGUAUGGCGGAAAGUGGGUGAUCAACCCAUCCGGCGGUCUCAUUUCCAAGGGACACCCAAUUGGUGCAACCGGGGUUGCGCAAGUCGUCGAGCUCAGCAAUCAAUUGCGCGGUCGUUGCGGAAAGAGACAAGUGCCGAAUUGCAAACUCGCGAUGCAACAUAACAUUGGAAUCGGAGGAGCUGGAGUCGUCGGAUUGUAUCGUCUCGGUUUCCCGGAACAAGCAAAAUCGAAACUCUAA